AUGACGACGACGGCCGCCCGUGCUCUCGUCGCCCUCCUCCUCGUCGCCGUCGCCGUCGCCGACGAUGGUUGGGCGACGCUGGUGGAGAUCAAGAAGUCCUUCCGCAACGUCGGCAACGUACUGUACGAUUGGGCCGGCGACGACUACUGCUCCUGGCGCGGCGUCCUGUGCGACAACGUCACAUUCGCCGUCGCUGCGCUCAACCUCUCUGGCCUCAACCUUGAGGGCGAGAUCUCUCAGCCGUCGGCAGCCUCAAAAGCCUCGUCUCCAUUCAAAUGGGCUAUCCGGCAGAUCCCUGAUGAGAUUGGCGAUUGUUCAUCACUUAAGACUCUGGACUUUUCUUUCAACAACCUGGAUGGCGACAUACCAUUUUCUAUAUCAAAGCUGAAGCACCUGGAGAACUUGAUAUUGAAGAACAACCAGCUGAUUGGUGCUAUCCCAUCAACAUUGUCACAGCUCCCAAAUUUGAAGAUUUUGGAUUUGGCACAAAACAAACUGACUGGGGAGAUACCAAGGCUUAUCUACUGGAAUGAGCUUCCCACUAAUUUGAUCAGUGAUGUGAAGAACAAUAGCUUGACUGGGGUGAUACCAGACACCAUUGGGAAUUGUACAAGUUUUCAGGUCUUGGAUUUGUCUUACAACCGCUUUACUGGACCAAUCCCAUUCAACAUUGGUUUCCUACAAGUGGCUACACUAGAUCUGAGUUACAACCAAUUAUCUGGUCCUAUACCAUCUAUACUAGGCAACUUGACAUAUACUGAGAAGCUGUACAUCCAAGGUAAUAGGUUAACUGGGUCGAUACCACCAGAGUUAGGAAAUAUGUCAACACUUCAUUACCUAGAACUGAACGAUAAUCAACUUGUUGGGUCAAUUCCACCAGAGCUUGGAAGGCUAACAGGCUUGUUUGACCUAAAACUACAUUGCAUGAACAUCGCUGAUUCUACUUAUAUCGCAGGGAACCUUGCGAAUAACCACCUUGAAGGACCAAUUCCUGACAACCUAAGUUCAUGUGUGAAUCUCAAUAGCUUCAAUGCUUAUGGCAACAAGUUAAAUGGGACCAUUCCUUGUUCGUUGCAGAAACUUGAAAGCAUGACCUAUUUAAAUCUGUCAUCAAAUUUCAUAAGUGGAUCUAUUCCUAUUGAGCUAUCAAGGAUCAACAAUUUGGACACGUUGGACUUAUCCUGUAACAUGAUGACUGGUCCAAUUCCAUCAUCCAUUGGCAGCCUAGAGCAUCUAUUGAGGCUUAACUUGAGCAAGAAUGGUCUAGUUGGAUUUAUCCCUGCGGAGUUUGGUAAUUUGAGGAGUGUCAUGGAGAUUGAUUUAUCCUAUAAUCACCUUGGUGGCCUGAUUCCUCAAGAACUUGGAAUGCUGCAAAACCUGAUGUUGUUAAAACUGGAAAAUAACAAUAUAACUGGCGAUGUGUCUUCUCUGAUGAACUGCUUCAGCCUCAAUAUCUUAAAUGUGUCAUACAAUAAUUUGGCUGGUGUUGUCCCUGCUGACAACAACUUCACACGGUUUUCACCUGACAGGCCACACCGUCCACCUGCUUUUAAAGAUGUCACUGUAAGCAAGCAAGUGAGCAAUGCUCCCCCCAAGCUGGUGAUCCUUCAUAUGAACAUGGCCCUUCAUGUAUACGAUGAUAUAAUGAGGAUGACUGAGAACUUGAGUGAGAAAUACAUCAUUGGAUACGGGGCGUCAAGUACAGUUUAUAAAUGUGUUCUAAAGAAUUGCAAACCAGUGGCAAUAAAAAAGCUGUAUGCCCACUACCCGCACAGCCUUAAGGAAUUUGAAACUGAGCUCGAGACUGUUGGUAGCAUCAAGCACCGGAAUCUAGUCAGCCUUCAAGGGUACUCACUAUCACCUGUUGGCAACCUCCUCUUUUAUGAUUAUAUGGAAAGUGGCAGCUUAUGGGAUGUUUUACAUGAAGGUUCAUCCAAGAAGAAAAAACUUGACUGGGAGACUCGCCUACGGAUUGCUCUUGGUGCAGCUCAAGGCCUUGCUUACCUUCACCAUGACUGCAGUCCACGAAUAAUUCACCGGGAUCUUAUGUGUCUCAAAACUCACACAUCAACCUAUGUCAUGGGCACUAUUGGCUACAUUGAUCCUGAGUACGCCCGCACUUCCCGUCUCAACGAAAAGUCUGAUGUCUACAGCUAUGGCAUUGUUCUGCUGGAGCUGCUGACUGGCAAGAAGCCAGUGGACAACGAGUGCAAUCUCCAUCACUUGAUCCUAUCGAAGACAGCAAGCAACGAGGUCAUGGAUACCGUGGACCCUGACAUCGGAGACACCUGCAAGGACCUCGGCGAGGUGAAGAAGCUCUUCCAGCUGGCGCUCCUUUGCACCAAGCGGCAACCCUCGGACCGACCGACGAUGCACGAGGUGGUGCGCGUCCUGGACUGCCUGGCGAACACCGAUCUGCCGCCAAAGCCGUCCGCGCAUCAGCUGGGCCAGCUGCCGCAGCCGUCUCCAGCUGUACCAAGCUACAUCAACGAGUACGUCAGCCUGCGGGGCACUGCCGCUCUCUCCUGCGCCAACUCGUCCAGCACCUCAGACGCCGAGCUGUUCCUCAAGUUCGGCGAGGCCAUCUCGCAGAACAUGGAGUAG